GGCUCGGGGUGUGGUCGGCUCUGACUUGAAGUGUGUGCUGCCUUCCAAUUGGCUGCGAGCUUCAGUGACUUGACGCUUAUUGGCUGGUGCCGGCGGGCUGGGGAACCGAACCAACCUCAACCGAGUGGUGUGGGCCGAACUGGUGAGUGUGGCAUCCCCCGGACCUGCCCGGGAGCCUCAGAAAGAAAAAAAUGGAAGACGUGCCUGAUAUUGCUUCCUUUUCAUCUAAACUUAAAAACACCCUAAUCCUAUACCAUAACAUUGAAGAUGAGAAGUGGCGAGUUGCAAAGAAAACGAGAGAUGUAACAGUUUGGAGAAAACCCUCAGAAGAAUUUAAUGGAUAUCUCUACAAAGCCCAAGGUGUUGUAGAUGAUGUUGUCAAUGCUAUAAUAGAUCAUAUACGCCCUGGGCCUUUCCGCUUGGAUUGGGACCGCCUAAUGACUUCACUGGAUAUUUUGAAGCACCUUGAGGAGAAUUCCUGUGUGAUGCGUUACACUACUGCUGGUCAGCUUUGGGAUCUAAUUUCCCCAAGAGAGUUCAUUGAUUUUUCCUACACUGUGGACUAUAAAGAAGGACUUUUAUCCUGUGGAGUAAGUGUUGACUGGAGUGAAAAGAGACCAGAGUUUGUUCGUGGAUUUAAUCAUCCCUGUGGCUGGUUUUGUGUCCCACUUAAAGACAAUCCAAACCAGAGUCUGUUGACUGGCUAUAUUCAGACAGAUUUACGUGGAAUGAUUCCUCAGUCUGCGGUAGACACGGCCAUGGCAAGCACCUUAACCAACUUCUAUGGGGAUUUACGGAAAGCCUUACAAAAAGUAUAAUAUAUUCAAACUUGUACUGUGAUCCUAGAAUCAGUUCUUUCCUUUAGCUUGUGGCCUGUAAAAUUCCACAGUUCCUGUUUCUGUAUAUCCCGUGGAAACAUUUGGAGUGUUUUUGGUUUAAUAGUAUAGUAUUUUAUGUUGUUGCUAAAGUACAUAUCUAUUUAAGAGAGUAUAGAGCUAUUUAAAGUACAUAGCUAUUUGAGGACAUUUCAGUUUUCUUAAACUUCUAUUUGCACAUUGUUUGGUAUAGCAGUGUAUUUAUGAGAAGGAGAUAAGUAGUUCUUUGGCCCAGACUCAAGAAAUUGAACUGUGACUUGUGUAUAUUUGGGCUUUUUAGAAAUUAGAGAAAGCACAAGUUUCAUUCUCUUCAUAUAUUCUCUUUUAGAGCUUCUUGAACAUUUUAUAAAAUUUUUCAAGGUAAAGGAAAGUGCUUUACUUUUAAUUUGUUCUAUGAGUUUGUCAGUAUCUUGGGCAAAAUUUGUAAAGAUGAAAUUCAUUGUCAAUUGACUUGUCCCACUUUAGGUAUUGAAAAAAAUGAGAAUAGAUGGUAUAGUAACUAUAAAUACAAAUUCAAAUACAAUUUAGUUUUGAUAUCUAGAUACCAUUCUUUUGUAAUAUCUUAAAAAUACAUUUGUUACUUAUUGCAUUGAUUUUGGGAGUUGUACGAAAAUUUUCCAGACAGACAUUGGGGACAUAACACUGGCUGAGCAAUCAUCUGUGCUGGAUGAAAUAUCUGGUGGUGUCCUGUGGUCAGCAAUGGAGAGUCACUGUCUAGAAAGUCAAAUUCAGUGAAUAUUCUGUAUAUCUUUCAGUUUUGAGAAUGCUUUCAACUCACAAAUCAUCAUAAGCAUUCAUAUUUGUGAUGUAACUUAUGUGCAACUAUGGCUUUUUAGAUUUAGCCAAAUGCCUAGAUAGGUCCUCUGAUUCUAUGGCUGCGUUAAGUGAAUAUUGCUUAAUGGUUUUCAGCUUUCCAAAUCGUUCUUUGGCUCUUAAAUUAUCCAUUUAGUUUACUUCUGAAGUGAGAAUUCGAUGAAACUCGGUGUGCCCUGGAAAAUCGUUAUGUGCACGUAAACACACCUUGAGAUCUACUUCAGUUUUCAGAAUGUCAGUUCUUUAUAUGGUACUGUUUCCAUCAUUUCUUUUUUCUUUUUCUUUCUUGUUUUUUUUUCUUUUUCUACUUCUUUUGUCUAGCAUGGGAAAAAGUGAGCCUCUGAAGUAAUUAUACACUGCCAGGCUACAAAAAAGCACAAAAUUACAUAGUGGUUCAAACUCAUGAAAGUUUGAUGUUUGUUCUGCUUGAGUGCUUUCCUUGAAUGUAAAGAAAGAAUUAUUUUUAUAAGACUCAUUUUGAUGAAGUAAGAAAAAAAUGAAGUUGUUUUGUUUUUUAUUACUAUUUUGCUAUGAAGAUAAUGUUCAAAUAACAAAAUUUGGCAGCAUAGGGGCUGGGGAUUCAGUGGCAUAAGUACCUGCCUUGCAAGCAGGUGGUCGUGAGUUCGAUCUCCAGUACCGAUAAAAAUGAAAAAGACCAAAAAAAAAAAAAAAAAUUGGCAGCAUCAGGCUGAAAUAGUAUUUCCAGAUCCUACAGAAGUGAUGUACAAAAGAUUCUGUAUUCUUAAUUGAAGUUUAUGAAUCAACUGAUACUCAUUUCUAAAUUGACUAUAACUUUUGAAUUACUAGAUCUCUCUGCUAUUUUUUUUUAUUUUUGCAAUAAGGAAAGAAAAUGCAGUUUAGUUUUGAGUGACCAGUGGAACUGCUAAAUGUUAUCUUAGCUUCAUCUGUAUUCCUUCAUUUCUUAGUGUAGAGUAAUAAAGUAUAGAUCUCUUAUAUUUCAGUGUUCUAUUCACGAUGGUGAAAUGUCAGCAGCCUCCAGCCUGAUGAAAAUAACUAUAAGAGGUCUUGUUUGGUUUUGUUUAUACGAAUAAAAGUAUACAUGAUUUUAAACUCUGGAAACUUGUAACAAUAUAUUAAUUAUGUUAUGGCAGAUGUCAUAAUAUAAUAAUUUAACAAUGCAGUCUGGGAUUGAUAUUAACAUAUAAUUGAAUCUACUGCUUCUAUACUGCUGUAGUAUAGAAAGCUAAUCUCAGCCAUAUAUGUAAUUAAAAAUAUUCAAGUAACCACUUUUAAAAAUAUAAAUAAUUGAAGUUAACUUUAUAAUUAUCUUUCACUCAUGCAGAAUAGUAUCAUUUCAACAUGUAAUCAAGGUAAACAAUUAUUAAGAUAGCUUAUUUUCUUUUUUAUAGUAAUUCUUUGAAAUCUAAUAUGUGUUUGGAUAAUUUAGGUAAGCUAUGUUUUAAGGGCUUAUUAGCAACAUGAGGUCAGUGGUUGCUUUAAUAAAUUGCAUGGUUUCAUAGUAUAUGUAUUAAUUUGUCUUGCUAUAAGAUGAAAUAGACAAUUUCAUGGAAUUACUCUUUUAAAUAGAAAUCUUUCCUAGUCUCUAGAGCCUUCAGUACUAAGAAGGUCCUCCAAUAAAAUAAAAAUUAUUUCCCCAAAAUAUUUUUUAAAGAAAAAUAACUUUUAAUCGAGCAGUUAAGGAAAUAAAAUAAUAGAAUUUUGUUAUUCUGUGAUCGAUUAUUGUAGUUUAUAACUAGAGUAUUCUAGAGACUUGUAUAUAUAGAAAAUAUUUGGCAUAGUACUGUUUUCAAUAUAUAGUAGCUAUAUUUUUAAGGAAAUUAGUUUUAUACAGUAAUUUUUAUAAGUGACAUUUGCAUGAAACAAUGUGUGUUGAGAGUUCAUGAUUAAACAAAAAUGGUUAUGAGAAUUUAAUGUUUUGUAGUAUUGGUAAUAUAAACUGCUGCACUAUUAGAGAUACUAUAAAUAUUAGAAUGUCAUUUCAGUGUUAAGAUAGGAUGUGUUUGAAAUUGUGUAUUUCCAUGAGUAAAAUUAUGUCCCAAUUAAUGAGUUUUCUUUUUCCCCCUUUUCCUUUCUUUUCUAAUUGACUUUAUUUAAAUCAGUAGGCUGAAUUAAUAUCUCCAGUUAAAAACUAUAAUUGAGGUUGCCUCGGAGAAGAUAGGAGAACAUUGCACAGUUUAACCCCCUGAUCAUGUAUUGAGCUUUUAGGUCUGAGUGUUCCCUUUCAUGUAAAUAAAUUUACUUGUUUACUCAAGAGUAUACAGCAUCAUUAGAAUCAGGUGUUAAAUCCAAUUUCUUUUAGUUGAAUGGAUACUAUAGCUUUUUCAGCCAAGAGAUAAAUUAACAAAACCAAGAGAAGCUAAUAGAAAUCUGGAUUUGCCCAACUUCUCAUUAAAAGUUGGAUUUACUUUUCCGAUGUAUUUGCCAUCUCUGUCUUUUUAUUUUUCUUUUUUCUUCAUGAUACCAACGAAUCAAAUCCAUGGCCUCACACGUGCUAGGCAAGUACUCUUGAGUUACAUCCUAGCCUCUAGUUGAUUCAUUCAGCUUCUAAAAGUAGGGAAUGAUAAGACCUAAACAGAGAAGAUUAAUCUCAGAGCACGGAGGUGAAAAUUAUAAUACUUUUUCAGUAUAUUGUUUCCAAAGACCUUACAUAUUUACUGCUAAGUAUUAAAUUCAUCUCUUGCAAUUCAAUUAAAGUUAUGCUAUAUAGAUAUUUUAAUAAGUUUAUAAUUUUUCUGAACUAGUAUGUAAAUGUGGAAUAUUUAAUAAGCUAAUAAGAGCAUGUAUUCAUAUAAAUAAAAUAUUUUUAAAUUGCUAUGAAAUAUCAGAAUAAAGAUUUCUAGAUACUUGUA